CUUCGUUCCUGUGUUCCUGACUGGUGAAAGUUCGUUGCUGUGAGAUCGUCCUUUAAAACUUUUAUCUUAAGAAAACAAUGAACUGAAGAUUUUUGCAUUCUCUGGAUUUCACGUAUUCAACUUCAGAAUUUAAAUUGCUGUAUUUUUUAUGUGACAAUAGCCAUGUCGAUCAUUAUUCGACUUCAAAAUUUGCCAUGGGCUGCGGAUUCCGGAGAUAUCCGUCGCUACUUUGCUGGUCUUUCAAUUCCAGAAGGAGGUGUGCACAUCGUCGGAGGAGAAAUGGGUGAUGCCUUUAUCGCUUUCAGUACAGACGAGGAUGCACGUCUGGCAAUGGAAAAAGAUGGAGGGAAGAUUCACGAGAUGCAAAUCAAAUUGCUUCUGAGUAGUCGUACGGAAAUGAUGCGAGUUAUUGAGAAAGCUAGACAGCAAAACAUUGCUCUCCAGUCUCAAUAUACGAUGCCACUUUCACAACCAAUGAUUCCUGUACAACAGCCAAUUAUGCAAUUGCAGCAACCUGUGAUGUCAGCGCAGCAACCAAUUAUGUCGGCACAGCAGCCUGUAAUGUCUGCUCGGCAGUCGAUGAUGUCAGUUCCACAAUCUAUAAUGCCUGUCAUUUCAGUUCAACAGCCUGUAAUUCCUUCUCGGCAAACAGCAAGAAUGACAGGGACAUUGGUUGUCGAAAGUGAUAGAAAAAGAGGAAGAAGUCCUAGUCCAUCUCAUCGUAGAAGUCGUGAAAAAUCCCCUCCUAGAGAUCGUCGCCGCAGUCCAGACAGACGAGAUCGUUCCAAAAGGGAUCGUAGUCGAAGUCCUGCGCAUGGAGAAAGCAGAGAUAUUGACCGACGUGGCGAUCGUUUUAAAAGAGAUGAUCGCUAUGAUGAAGACCCUCGAUACCGAGAUGAUCAUUCUGAUCGAGAUGACAAUAAACGACUUGAUCCUGAUGGAUUAGAUCAGCAUUCUGAUGUAUAUAAUCAAAGUUUGAAUCAUAGCUAUUAUGGACCUUCUGUCGGUGCUGUUACUUCCACUGGAUAUAAUUAUGAUUCUCCUCAGAUGAUGGGAAAUGCAGGAUCAUUUUAUGACUUUCCAGCAAAUGGAAAACCAAAUGCUUUGGGUAUGAAUAAACGUAACAGUCCAGCUUCUAAUGCAGUGAGUGCGUCAUCGUCACAGGCUUAUAUGCAACGGCCUAGGGCAUUUACAGGAAUGCCUUAUGAUCAGGCUCCUCAAAUAGGUAAAGAAGCCGUGUCUAAUCCAGCUAAUGAUCCAAUGAGAGACAAAGGCAGACGGCCACGAUUCGAGAAUGAAUAUCCUUCAUCUCAAGAACCUCCAUAUUUCCCUAACCCCUCUCAAAAUCAAAAAGCAGCUAGAAACUCUUCUUUUGGUGAUAAAAGAGGCACUGUUCAAGACUUUCGUCCUCCUACCAGAGAUGCUACCUGGCCCCAAGGUAAUGAAGAUCAACAAGAAAAUACACAAUGGCCAAAGAAACGAACAGCUUUACUUGAAGCACCAACUUCAAAGAAUGGCAUUUCUUCUCAAGCCACUCCAAUUGGCCUUGAACAAUCACCACCUCAGAAGCCAGGAAGUAAAAAUCCAUUUGGAAUAAGUGAUAACUAUGUAGCAAAAACGGGUUCUACUGCUUUUCCAACUAAUAAUACGCCUAAAAAAGAUGAAAUAGCAAGAAGAGGACCUGAUAUGCAUAAUGAUAAUCAAUGGCGGGAGCCACCGAUCACUGUAGAAGUGAGAGGAAUACCACCUGAUGUUAGAAUCAAUGAAAUGAUGGAUCUAUUUCCAAAUCUAUCUAUCCCAUCAUCAAAUAUCUGCAUAAAAGCUAAUAAUGAAGGUGCUGAGAAAGUUUUUAUUCGUUUCAAUCACCCUUCUGAGUGUGCAGAAGUUCUCAGUGGACAACCUUAUUAUAUUCGUAAUUAUUGUUGUCAAGUUUCACCCUGCCCAGUUGAAGCAUUUGAGGCUGCUGCUGCAUCAUCUAAUUCAGAAAAACCUAAUCCAAAACCUGUUCCCAGAGAAGAAGAUUUAUUUGUUCAGUUGAAAGGUCUUCCUUUCGCCUGCAGUGAAGCUGAUAUUGAACAUUUCUUUAAAGGUCUCAGAAUUGUGGAUAUGUUUAUAGAAAAUUCUCCUGAUGGUAGAUGUACAGGAAUUGGAUUUGUGCAAUUUUCUUCAACAAGUGAUUUCCGAGUGGCUCUAACCAUGAAUGGUAACAUGAUUGGUCAUCGUUAUAUAACUAUCUCUGUUGCUAGUAAAGAAAUUGCAGAUCAGGCUAGAAGAUCAUUAGAUUAUUUGCCUAAAAGAGCAAAGAGCCCUCCACACAGUUCUGGUCCUCCUGGGAAUUUUGGUUCAUCUCGCUUACCUAGGAGACCCAAAGGUCCCAAUGAUGUUCCUGUUUCUAACUUAGGAAAUGGACCUCCUCCUUCGAAUCAUGGUCGACCAACUAAUUUUUCUGUUUCUUUAAGAGAUUUGCCUGAUCAUGUGACAAAUAAGGAAAUUGCAGAAUUUUUCCGUGAAACUGGCAUUGGCAUUCGUGCCUUCCACAUAAUGCUCAAUGUUGAUAAGUUACCAAAUGGUGAUGCUUUUAUUGAAGUAGCAAGUAAAGGAGAAGCUGAUGCUGCAGUUAGUCUGAAUGGCAAAAUCAUGCGUGGGAAACGUGUAUCUGUAACACAUAUCUCAUUUCAAAAGAUGUCUGAGAUACUUCAUGGUCCAUCACCGACUUUAACUCCCCCACCGGCACCAGGACCUCUUUUGCAAACUCCACCAGGUCUUGAUAGACCUCGUAGACCACUCAUUCCUCAUGCACCUGAAAAACCAUUUGUAGAUCAGCCUCCAGAUGAUCCCUCUUUGUUUGAUGGGCCACCAACUGAUCAUCUGCCUUUUGAACAUCCUCAUGUUGAGCGACCUUUUCUUCCUCGUGGUAAUCGACCAAGACCGGACUUCCCCAGAGGUGGUCAACCAAGACCAGACUUUCCUAGAGGCGGUCAACCAAGACCAGAUUUCUUGCGUGGUGAACGGCCAAGAAUGGAUGGACCUUUUCGUGGUGCUAGACCUCUCAUGGAACGGCCUGGAGGCCCACCCCAUGGUCGAAUGCAUCCUCCGUUCCCAGGCAGACCACCUUUUGGUGGCCCACCACCACCAAGUCGAGGAGGGAUUCCUCCUGGAUUUGGAGCGCCAGGUUGUGUUGUAGCAGUAAAUAAUUUGCAUUUCCGUGCCUCUUUGGAAGAUGUAUUUGAUUUUUUCAAGGAUUAUCAAUUAAGUAAAGACAGUGUUAUGCGUAGAUUUGAUGAAAACGAUCAAGUGACUGGAGAAGCUCGAGUAGCCUUCCAAACCCCUAGAGAAGCUCAGAAAGCUGUCAGAGAACUUAAUCAUAAACCCAUCAUGGGUCGUCCAUUAUCACUGGCAUUAUUAUAGUAUAUCUAAUUUUUUUUAUGUAUGUAAAUUUCAUCACCAUUUUGUUUUGUUAUUCAUUCACUUCAUUUUUACUUAUUAAUGAUUUACUUUGUUACUUGUUAUUCACUAAAAUUUAGAUUUGGAAGAAUCUAAUUGUAGAUUCAUUCAGGACUUUUCUUGCACCUUUAUCAUUACAUAUAACAGAAUGUGUUAACUUUGAUUGAAGAACUUUCUUACAGCUUUUUCUUAAGUUUUUUAAUAUUUGUAAGCCAAAAUAUAUAAGAAAAAUAUUUUAGGCCUUUAAAUCUGUGCUGAUAACAUAAAAGAUGUGCUUACUUACAUGUGCUGUGCUUACAUAAAAGAUUUCAUUUUCUUUAUUAUUCAUGAAUGCCUAUUUUCUAUUAAUUAUUUUUUUUUUAAUUUGAAGUCACAAGCAAAAUAAAGCUAAAGAAAUUCUGGAAAAUAGUCAUCUUUAAUUAUUUUCUUUAUGAAUGAAUUUCUGUUAAAGUUGAAAUAUUUUAUUUUAAUUUUUAAACUAUAUAUAUAUUUUUAUGUGCAUUAUUUUAAAUGCACAAAUUUUUUGCUUUCUGCCACUGAAUUUGAUUGGUCAGAUGAUAGUAAAAUAACUAACAUGAUCUCUGCUACAUUAUCUUUCAGUUCUGAUUACAAGUUUCUGCUUAUGUAGAAUGGAGGGGUGGGGGGUCAUUGCAAUUUAUUAAAUGGUUAUUAAUAUAUUUUUAAUUUACUGAUCUUUGACUUUAUAUUUUUCAUCAAGAAGUUUUGAAUUUUUCUUUACAUAAUUUGUAAUUUCCAUAAUAUUCUUAUAGAGUAUUAUUUUUAUACAAUACAACAGAAUAUUUUCUUAAAGAAUUGUAAUUUUUGUGAAUUAAAAUACAACUUAAAAAAAUCUUAGUUUGAAAGAAUACAUUUAAGAAACUGUUUCAUUGCUAGUGCUGUUUGAAUUUCAGUGAAUUAGUUAGUUAGUUAUUACUCAGUUAUUUAACUCGCAUAAAAACUUUAUCCUUUAGUCAUAAAAGUCUCAAAUUGUUUUGUAUUUCAUGGCAUCUGAAGCAUAUGUGACAAUUUUAAUUUGUGUUAAUUACUGAAUAAUUUUUUAAUUGUAAUAAAUACUAAAGAUAAAACUUUAAAAAAUGUGAGAAGUAAAUAAUUGUAUUUUAUGUGUUGCAGUAAAUAAUUGUAUUUUCUAUAAAUGUUUGUGGUGAUUGUAUUGUGAAGUAUUGUGAAGAUUUGUGUGAUUCUUCAUAAUUCGUUAAAAAGCACUAUUUGUGUUUUGUCUUAUUUGUAGUAUUCACUUUCUUUUAAUUUAUCAAGCCUCUUUGUACAAAUUUUUCAAUAUUUGCUUAGGUUUUUGCCCCAUAAGAUUGCUUAUUCUGUUGGAAUAUUUUAACUUCAAGAACAUUAUUUCUUUCUACAUUAAUUAAAAUUUUUGAGAAACAUUUGCUCGUAAUGUGCCUGAUAUUUUUGCUGUAAAAUGUUA